CAUUAGUCAAAAGCACCAGUAAUCAUGCUUGGAAUAUCUAGGGGGGAAGUAGAGGCUAUUGCUAUAUAUAAUAACUUCAGCUAUCAAAAAUUUGAACUUCACACAACUUUUUAUGAUCAGGAAAAAGAGCAAAAAAAAUUUUCAGCUGAUUAAACAUGGGUUUGAUCAGACAAAUUCUUAUUCCAUUUUGCUUAUUAUUACAACUCACUUUUCUUUCAUUUGCAAUAUCCGCAAAUCUAGAGACUUACAUAAUUCAUGUUGAAUCUGCUGAUGAAUUUGAUCAGCUUUCCAGUAGUAGCUCAACCCCAAAUGAAGAUCUUGACAGAUGGUACCAUUCUUUUCUGCCAACCAUCAUCACUUCAAGUUCCAGUACUUCAUCAAAUACAGAAGGCCAAAAGAUGGUUUAUUCUUAUCACAAUGUUUUUAAAGGAUUUGCAGCUCAAUUAUCACCUGAGCAUGUCAAAGCAAUGGAGAAUAAGCCGGGAUUUGUUUCCGCCCGGCCUCAAAAGCUGUUGUCUCUGCAGACGACGCAUACUCCAAAUUUUUUAGGGUUGCAGCAUAACCUGGGAUUUUGGAGCAAAUCAAACUAUGGUAAAGGUGUCAUCAUUGGAGUUCUGGACAGUGGAAUCACUGCAGACCACCCUUCGUUUAGCGAUGAAGGUAUGGCGCCGCCACCGGCUAAAUGGAAGGGGAAAUGCGAGUUCCACGCCUCGAAAUGCAACAAGAAGUUGAUUGGAGCAAGAUAUUUCUAUGAAGGAGUUGGUGAACCAGUUGAUGAAAAUGGACAUGGCACUCACACGGCUAGUACCGCGGCAGGGAACUUUGUCAGGGGCGCAAAUGUGUUUGGAAAUGCCAAUGGCACUGCUGUCGGCGUUGCCCCUCUCGCGCACUUGGCGAUCUACAAAGUAUGCAACCUAAGUUGCUCUGAGAGUGGCAUAUUGGCUGCCAUGGAUGCUGCGAUAGACGAUGGGGUCGACGUUCUUUCCCUCUCCCUCGGUGGAUCGCCAGAACCAUUUUACACUGACAAUGUGGCACUUGGUUCAUACAGUGCAGUUCAAAAGGGCAUUUUUGUGAGCUGUGCCGCUGGAAAUGAUGGCCCUUUUAGUGGCUCUUUAGGCAAUGGAGCUCCAUGGAUUCUCACUGUUGGUGCAAGUACUAUUGACAGAAGAAUCAAAGCAAGCGCCGUGCUCGGAAAUAAACAAGAGCUUCAAGGGGAAUCCGCUUAUCAGCCUAAGAAUUUUCAUUCAACUAAAAAGUAUCCUCUGUUUUCCCCUGAAGACGAUCGAUUUUGUACUGAAGAACUACUUAAUGUUACAAAAGAAGUAAGAGGCAGAAUCGUAGUUUGUGAACGCGGUAUCAUUGGAGCGAUCCACAAAGGCGAAAACGUUAAGGCUGCUGGUGGUGUUGGAAUGAUCGUGACCAAUCCGGAGGAAUACGGGUAUACUACAAGCGCUGAUGCUCAUGUUCUUCCAGCAACACAUCUAACAUAUGCUGAUUCGGUCAAAUUGAUUGCUUACAUGAACUCAACAACUUCACCUAUGGCCGCGAUUUCAUUCAAAGGAACCAUAAUCGGAGAUCCUCAUGCUCCUCAAGUCGCAGGAUUUUCUUCCAGAGGACCUAACAUAGCGAGCAGAGGUAUUCUAAAGCCGGAUAUCCUAGGUCCCGGGGUGAAUAUCCUCGCUGCUUGGCAUCGCUCAGUGGAAAACAAGAAAAACACAAAAUUCAACUUCAAUAUAAUAUCAGGCACAUCAAUGGCCUGCCCUCAUCUAACUGGUAUUUCUGCAUUGGUGAAAAGUUCACAUCCUGAUUGGUCACCGGCUGCAAUUAAGUCUGCGAUUAUGACUACAGCUGAUCAUGUUAACCAUGCCAAGAAUCCUAUUGAGAAUGAACAGCAACUCGCGGCUGACAUUUUCGCUACUGGAUCAGGGCAUGUAAAUCCAAUCAAAGCAAACGAUCCAGGGCUGGUUUAUGAUAUUACACCAAAAGAUUACAUCCCUUAUUUCUGUGGCCUGAAUUACACAGACAGACAAGUUGGCAUAAUUCUACAACACAAGGUACGCUGUAAAACAAGUAUACCGGAAGCCCAACUCAACUAUCCUUCAUUUGCAAUCCAAUUUGGGGCGAAAACUCAGAAAUAUACAAGGACAGUUACUAACGUUGGUGAACCCAAGUCAGUUUACACAGUUAAGGUUGUUCCACCUCCUGGAGUUAAGGUUGCAAUAAAACCAGAAAAACUCAUUUUCUCCCAGGAGUGUUAUCAAGCUCGGACCGGAGCUCGACUCAGCAUGGUGAGGGGGUCGAGCGAUUCAGGGGUCGACUCCAGGCGAAUCAGGGGGUCGACUCGGAUGACGUCAUAAUGACGUAAUAAAUAAUAAAUAAUAUAUAAUUAUAUUUUAAUUAAAAUUAUAUAUAUAUUUCAUUUAUGAAAGUCAAAUUAGUACUUUAUUGGACAAAAUUGAACUUGGAAGGUCGAUUAAGAUGAUGUAAUUAUUACUAAAUAAACAAUAUUUAGUUAUUUAAUACAUUUAAAAUAAAAAAAAUAAACUUUAUA